UGCCGCCGCGCGCGCGACCACGCGCUCGCUGCACCACGCGGCUCGCUCUGCUCCUGGACGCUUCGUUGGCAUUUUGAGUCUGCACCGCAAUCGAUAUUUGCACCCACGGCCGGCCGCCGUCGCGGGUGCACCCUGUAUUCUCCCGCUUGCUGCCUCCGACUUGCUCCAGGGAUGUAGUGCCGGCUCGCGACAACAUGCAACUGUGAAGUGAGUGCGGGCAGUGACACGGACGGACUCUCAAAGUCGGUGAUCUUUUACUAGCUAAAGAUAAACUUAAAUAGUGAAAAAUGACAUCCCAGUUCGCCUUCCGAGGCUCUCCUCCGAAUCAGAGCACCAUAUCGACAGCCUCCAACAGUCCGCCGCCGGCGCAGGCGGGAAUGAGCGGUGGGGCGGGCGUAGCGAGCGGCGCAGCCAGAUCGAGCUCGCCAGCAGCCGCAGCGCCACGCUGCUGCGACACCGGCCGCCCCAUAUUCCAUGACCCUAUCACAGGGCAGACAGUAUGCUCGUGUCAAUACGAGUUUCUCAACUACCAGAGGCUCGCGUCAGGCGUGCCCCUGUCCAUGUACAGCGCACCGUACUCGGACGCAGCUGCAGCCACUGCGGCGGGAAUGGCUGCUUACUUUCCAGCACUCGCGGCAGAUCAACCUCCUUUCUAUCCAAAUGCUGCUGCAGGAAUCGACUUGAAAGAAAAUUUAGCAGCUAGCGCAGCGAGUUGGCCUUAUCCUACGGUCUACCACCCAUACGACGCCGCUUUCGCUGGCUACCCUUUUAAUGGAUAUGGAAUGGAUCUCAAUGGGGCGAGAAGAAAAAAUGCAACUCGGGAAACCACAAGUACUCUCAAGGCGUGGCUGAAUGAACACAAGAAAAAUCCAUAUCCAACUAAGGGUGAAAAGAUUAUGCUUGCGAUUAUCACCAAGAUGACGCUGACGCAAGUGUCAACGUGGUUCGCGAACGCUCGCCGCCGUCUCAAGAAAGAAAAUAAGAUGACUUGGGAACCUAGAAACAGGGUCGACGACGAUGACAAUAACAAUGAUGACGACGACCACAAAAGCAACGACGGCAAAGACGCUCUUGAUGGUAAAGACUCCGGUACGGGUUCGAGUGAAGAUGGUGACCGACCUCAACAAAGAUUAGAUUUGCUAGGUCAACGGACGGAGUCGGAAUGGUCAGAGUCACGAGCUGACAGCGGACCUGAAUCACCCGAACCUUACGAAAGACCAUUACACCCCGCGUAUCAACACCUCCCACCACGUGCUCCUCCUGGCAGUACGCCAGCUUCAGCAAAACCUAGAAUAUGGUCGUUGGCAGACAUGGCAAGUAAGGAAGGUGAAUCACCUGCGCCACCUUCGUCAGCUUCUGCAUUUUAUCAAUCUGCAGCAGCGCGGCUUGUAAAUCCUUACGGACGACCGGAACUAUACAGAGGUCUCUAUCCUCCAACCCACCCAGCCGAUGUAGCACUCCUGGAGUAUUCUCGCUCUUUAGCGUUAGCAGCACCAGCAUCGGCGCCACCCGCCCCUUCUCCAUCCUCAUCUUCCACAUCAUCGCUGGCUGAGCAACCGCCUCCUCCCCGCGCCUGACCGCCAGCCCCCCGCCCACCGUUGACGCACCGACAAUAACCGCGAUUUCACUCCACGUGUGCCGCGAGGGCCUUCUGACUUGUAAAUAUCGAUUUUAGCUUAAUUAUAAAUAUGUAUACAUACGUAUGUACGUGAUAAUAUAAAUAUUAUGCACCGGUAGAGAAGCUUAGACUUGUGAUAGCGGACUUAUGCAGGCGGCGUUGUGCCCGCCGCAACCGUGAGGUUGACAACUCGCAAACGACGUCGGCGCUGCGCUCGCGCCGACCGACCGACAAUACUAGGUGCUAAUUCAAGUUGGACCUUGCGACAUAUUGCUCUAAUUAAUAUUGGAAACAGUUAAACAAAAUGAGUUCAUUCUAAAAUUGAUUUUAUGAAUAAUUGUUUUGUUUCCGUUAGUAAACGCAUUUUUACAAAUUAAAAUAUUAUUUUGUAGCGAGUACAUCAUUAUUUUCAAAAUAUUCUUCCUAAACUUAGAGCAUAAUUACGUCCAGUUUUGUCUCUUGUUUGAUAGUUUCUUAUUAUUAUCUAACAAAAUCCUAAUAUUUAUUGAUACGAGGUCAGUGUAGUUAACGUAGUAACUAUUAAUCGUAAGUUUUUUUAAUUUUCAAGAUACCAAUACAAUAUUUGUUGAGGUUUUUUGAUACAUCUGUUUAUUUCUAGUCAAAGGACUACGAUUGUCUGUGUUAAACAUUAAACAGCAAAAUUGAUUUCGUUUGUUAGAGAAAUUAUUCCAAUACGACUUUCAGUAUAAAAUAAAAUUAUAUUAGUGAAAGACAUAUUCUAUAACAUACAUAAUGAUAACAAACAAACUCAUUGUUAAAUUACGUGAAGUUUAAGGAUAAUUAUAAAAAAUUUUCUGCGCAAUCGACUUCUCUUAUA